GGGGCUCGGCCGGGGCGGCCGCGGAGGGAGCGGCGGCUCCGGGGUGGCUAGGUGUCGGAGGGCGGCGGUGCUGCCGGGCGCUGGAGCCGAGGCCGGCGGGACCGGAGGCCGCCCGCCGCUGCCCAGCCCUGCCCGCCGCUGCCCUCGAGCUCCGCGCCCCUCCGGAGGCCACGGCGACCAGGGGCGCGCGCCGAGGGAUGCAGGCAGAUUGAAUCCAUCUCUGGAACUUGUGACUGCUUUUAACCAGAGGAAGCGUUUUCUGCAUAGGAAAGUCAAUGGCUUAAUUUCGGCAAGUGCUGGUGUGGCUUUGCUUCUGCUAUGAUCCACGAAGCUUGAGUCUGAAGGACACAGUGCUUUUUGGGAUGACAAUAUGACUCACAGUAAAGGAAGAUCUGUCACUUGCAAGACAAGUGGCAGUCCAGAUAGUGGAGGAGGUUUUGUAGACUGGACUUUAAAUUUAAACACAAUUCAGUCUGACAAGUUUUUGAACUUGCUUUUAAGUAUGGUGCCAGUCAUUUACCAGAAGAACCAGGAAGACAGGCAUAAAAAAGCAAAUGGCAUUUGGCAGGACGGACUGUCAGGUGCAGUGCAGACCUUGAACAGGAGGUCAGAGCCACAUCUGGACUACCACGAGUUCUCAGAGCAGGCCUUCCACAGCAGCAGUGGGCAUGCUCCAGCCAGCUGCAGCCCCAAGUACGACGACUAUGCCGGCUAUAACUACUGCGACGAAAGGGAGGCUUCGGAAACCACCGCCAUGUUACAGGACGAAGAUCUGUCCAGUGAGGGCGAUGAUGUUAUUGUGGAAACAAACCAGAAGCUACCCAAGGAGUCCAGCGGCAUCAUGGCUCUGCAGAUACUCGUGCCGUUCUUGCUGGCUGGGUUUGGAACAGUGUCUGCCGGCAUGGUUUUAGACAUAGUACAGCACUGGGAGGUGUUCAAGAACGUGACAGAAGUUUUCAUUUUAGUCCCUGCACUUCUUGGUCUCAAAGGGAACUUGGAAAUGACACUGGCUUCUCGAUUGUCCACUGCAGUAAAUGUUGGGAAGAUGGACUCACCCAUUGAAAAGUGGAACCUAAUCAUUGGCAACUUGGCUUUAAAGCAGGUUCAGGCCACAGUAGUUGGCUUUUUAGCAGCCGUGGCAGCGAUCAUAUUGGGCUGGAUUCCAGAAGGGAAAUAUUACCUCAGCCACUCCGUACUUCUGUGCUCCAGCAGUGUGGCAACCGCCUUCAUUGCCUCUCUUCUGCAGGGAAUAAUAAUGGUUGGCGUCAUCGUUGGCUCAAAGAAGACAGGCAUAAACCCCGACAACGUGGCCACACCUAUUGCUGCUAGUUUUGGUGAUCUGAUAACUCUCGCCAUAUUAGCAUGGAUAAGUCAGGGUUUGUACUACUGUCUUGAGACAUAUUACUACAUUUCUCCGUUAGUGUGUACCUUUUUCUUGGCUCUGACACCUAUUUGGAUUAUAAUAGCUGCCAAACAUCCUGCUACCAGGACAGUACUCUACUCAGGCUGGGAGCCCGUCAUAACAGCCAUGGUCAUCAGCAGCAUUGGGGGCCUUAUUCUGGACACAACUGUAUCUGACCCAAACUUGGUUGGGAUUGUGGUUUACACGCCAGUUAUCAAUGGUAUCGGUGGCAAUUUGGUGGCCAUUCAGGCCAGCAGGAUCUCUACCUACCUCCAUUUGCAUAGUAUCCCUGGAGAACUGCCCGAUGAGCCCAAAGGCUGUUCCUACCCGUUUAGGACGUUCUUUGGUUCAGGAGUGAACAACAAGUCGGCCCAAGUCCUCCUGCUCUUAGUGGUUCCGGGCCACCUGACCUUCCUCUACACCAUCCACCUGAUGAAGAGCGGCCACACCUCUCUGACUGUAGUCUUCGUCGCUGUGUAUCUACUUGCUGCUGUGCUACAGGUGUUCACCUUGCUGUGGAUUGCUGACUGGAUGGUCCAUCGCUUCUGGAGGAAAGGGAAGGACCCAGACAGCUUCUCCAUCCCGUACCUGACGGCACUGGGUGACUUGCUUGGGACCGCUCUGCUGGCCUUAAGUUUCCAUUUUCUUUGGCUUAUUGGAGAUCGUGAUGGAGAUGUUGGGGACUAAUGGACCCUAGGAGCUGUUGUGGGGUCACCCAGGAGGAGAACGCAAGGCAGCUACUGCUGUCCUUCCCCAAAGCUCUUCAUCUGUCGUGUGACUUGUGACUUGUGCCAGGGUAGUCUGCGGUUCACCCUGACUCCAUAAAUGGCCUUAACGUACUUUUUAAGGAAUUUGUGUUGAAAUCACAAUGAAGGGUAUUUGUGCUGCUUUUUGUAGAAUAAAUAAUUUGACGCAGACAUAGAUACAAGCUCACACUCUAAAAUUAGUUAGGAAAGAAUCUAGGAUGUUUACAGUGAAUAAUUUUGAAACCACAGACCUAGCAGAAAUAUACUUUAUUAUUAGGUUAUAAUGAAGGGUGGCGGCAAGGAGCUUUAAUCUUGCUGCCAUGUCUCACUGCAAAGGGAGCCGUGACGUGAAAGGCACCAGCUUCCUUCCGAGUAUUAAUUGCGCCCUCUCCCAUGGGCGCUAAGGUUGCCAACUGCUUAUUCCUAAACUGACUCAAUUGACUCUGCUGAACACAACACACUUGUCUGAAACUUCCCUGUGCCAAUGUUCGUUUAAUUUCAGUUCUCAACAGGUGACCCUUUAAGUAGUUUUUGUCGUCGUCAGAGAAGGGGUUCACCAUGUUGCCUAGCAGGCCUUCAGCUUGCAGCCCCUUGCCUUGGUUCCUUCCUCCUGACUCUAAGAGCACUGGGCCAUUUUGCUCAUUCGUGUUGAAAAAUGUAGAUCUGAUUUAAAGAACAGUCAUUGAAGCAGAAGAUGGUUGACAGACAGACAGGCAGACAGACAGGCAGACAGACAGACAUAGUGAUUUCUUUGAAAUAAGUACCAUUUAAUAUAACACCUGAGAUUUGGGAGGAGCAGGUGGCCCUGUUGCUCUGUAAGGCACCCUGCCUGUCAGUUGUCCCUCCAAAGGAGAAGUUGUGGCUUACCUCCGUAAGCAUCUCAUCGCAGGCUUCAUCUACAGGGACCAUCUCAUAUUCUUAGCUGUAUUUCUCAAAUGUUUUUCUGAAACUCUGGCCAGUAUCCUACGCACAGACUAGCACCUGGCUGUUCACUAGGAAGCACUUUUUAGAUCACUUAGCGCUUAGGAAAACUUGAGUGCAAUCUUUGAAGACCAUUAAAUAUUUAAUAAUUUAAACUGCUGAGGGAAUAAAAUGCUCAUGGCGUUGAUUGUCAUCGUGUUUGUGUUGUGUAACUAACUAGCAGGUAGUUUGUAAAUAUACUGAGGAAAUAUUCUUAUUAAAGUCUUUAUGGAGGCCGUGGUUUAAAGUUAUAUAUUUUUGCUUAUUUUUACACUUCAUUCAAUUCUUCUGCCUUAUAAUCAAGCUUUGAAGGCAUAGUGCAAACAAAUUAUGGGAUCUCCCCUUUAAAGCGGUACAAUGUCACAGAGUGACUGUUCUGACAAAAUAAGCAUAAAGUUUACGCUGAUGAAUAUUUAGUCGCAAAGAUUAUUUUAUGUUUAAAAAAUUAAUAAUACCUUUCAUUUUACUAUAAAGUGCUGUGAAUUUGGGUUUUGCAUCUGGGCUCUAUGUUCUUCUGUUUCCUGUUGAGACAGACUUGCUUUAUAUCCCAGACUAGGCUUAAACUUGAGAUCCACCUGCCUUAGCCUUGGGUUUCAUUCUCUUUAACCCUGAAAAAUGCAGAGGAAGCCCCAGUGUUAGCACUGGCCAGUGUUAGUGUCAGACUCUGUGCUAUGAAUUCCAACGCACACUCGAAUACCGAUGGCAUUGUCUUGCCGUGGUUGAAUGGAGACUACUGCUGUAUUUUACAGCUGGAGACAAGGGAUGAGAGGAGUGACAUUUUUAAGAUUGCACGGCUGCAAAGUGGCCAGACUGUUCUAGACCAGUGUUCUUUGUUAUGUCCCUCUGCACAAAGAGUAUCCACUUAGUCAGUCACCCGAGAGGAAGUCCAGUGCGGUGGGCUAGACUUCCAGAUUGCUCAGGUGUCUUGGUGGUCAGCACAGACAACUCUGAGCGGCUCCUAAGGGCAGAGAGACUGGAAAUGAAAUAAUGAAUAUUUUACCUUAUAAAAUAGUUUCCGUUUUAGAUGAAGACUUCAGACUAAAGAGCAGUGCCGCAUUUCUUUUCUUUUGUUGAUGUUGUUUUUUUGUUUCUCGAGACAGGUUUCUCUUUGUAGUGCUGGCUGUCCUGGAAUUCAUUUUGUAUCCCAGGCUGUCCUCAAACGCAGAGAUCCUCCUGCCUGUGCGCCCCCUGCCCCUCCCCCAGCCCCCAGCACUGGAAUUAAAGGCGUGUGCCACCACUGCCUGGUGACACCUCAUUUCUUACCAUCUCCAGGCACCAACCAUCCUCCUAGACCACAGGAGGGUAUCGGGCGGUUGAUGCUCAGCCUUUGUCAGAGCAGCAAAAUAUCUCAGACACAUGUAAUAGUCAAAAACAGACUCUGCCUCCAAAACAAUACAGAGAAACCCUGUCUCGAAAAAAAAAAAACAAAAUAAAACAAAAAAAAAAAAAACAGACUCUGCCUAAAUGCACUGUAAAGGGAUAUACAUUUUUUUAAGAACAACUGUAGAACUUUGAAAGUCUUCAUCUAAGUAUGUAAGUUUUAUUUACCCAUAAAUUUUAUUAUCGGUCUUAGGUAAACUAACAGUAUUUUUAUACCACUUAAGCCCCUACUUUCCAAAAACACUUUUUCCACUAAUUUACCAGGCACAUUAUACACACAGCUAAAUAAAUCAUAUGUUUUUAUUCUUGACCAUCCACCUUCUUUUGAAGCUAAUAAAAUAGAAACACAUGGUGGUGUAUCUUGUGGAGACAUCAGAAAACCUCACACCAUAAGCUGUCCACAGUGUAGCCAGAUGAGUCUUUUAAAAGUGUCCCAGUGCUGGGGCGGGCCUUCCUUCCCUAUGUUGAAGGUAUAGUUUACCCACUGAAGGUGGGCUCUGGGCACCUUAAAAUUGUGUAGACCCAAGUCAAAAUAAAUAAAAUGUGAGAAGCA